CUUUGUCGCAGCACCGCUGGUACUUCCUGAGCCACCGAGUUUAGCCCUCAGCGUUAUCUUUCCUCAUUCGGCACUUUAUUCCUUAAACCUUACGACUGUUCCAUUUGAGAGGGAGAGAGAGCUCCCAUCUGCUGGUUCACUCCGCAGAUGCUUGCCGUGGGGGAGGCUGGGUCAGAACUGAAGCCAGGAGCUUGGAUAGUAUUCCAGGUCUCCUCUGUGUGUGUGUCACCGGAACCCAGUUACCUGGGCCAUCACCACUGCAUUAGCAGGAAGCUGGAGACAGGGACUGGAGCCGGGUUGAACCGGCUGCUGGACCCAGGCCUCCUAACUGCUAGGCUGAGCACCCCUUCCUGACUUGGCAUUUUAAAGGAUACUUGAAGUGUCCCCUUCCAGAGUGUUUUGGGGUCUCCCUUCUAGAACCCGUUGGCCUGAGUGCCUUGGGAGUAGGGACUGGGUCAGUGUUGUUCAGCCCUGCACCCACAGUGGCAGUACAUUAUCUGACUCAGUAGAUGCUAAGUGUUUUUUGAGAGAGAAUGAAUGGGUUUCACACAUAAAUGAUCAGUAGACCCUUCAGAGUGAAGAAGGCGUGUGGUAGCCUGGCUGGGGCAAAGGGUUUGUUUCCAGGAAUAGUGAGAAUUAAGGGCAGAAAAGGAACCUGGGGCAAGAUUGUGAAGGGACUAGAGCGAGCACAAAUUCCUGAAUGCAAGAUGGAAGUGGUGGGUAGCAUUGAUGGGUUAUUCUGCACACAGGAGACCCAAGUAGAAAGUCAUACAGGUCCAAGGGACAAAACAAUGGUGGUAGCAAUGAUGGAAGAGAUGGGAGAGGAAGGAGGGAUGGAAAAGGCUUUGUGUGGCUGGAUCAGGGUUGGGGAGCCAAAGGUGACGACGGGGCUGAUGGUCCACUCAGAGUUGACGGGGUAAACGAGUGCUCUGGUUUCGGAGGCGACAGCCAUGCGUUGGGUUUUAAAGGUGUAGGGUUUGAGGAGACUGAAGAUGCUGACACACAGGGUUGCAGGUUAAAGAAAGGACGGAGGAGACCCCUCGAAGGAAAAGGGCAGGAUCCUUCCGUGGUGAGGCCUCACACUGGGUGCUGGGUGGUGACUCCGCGCCUCCUGCCCCCACCGCGCUUCUCCUCUCAGAGCGAAUCCACAGCAGCAAUUGGGAAGGACUGUAUUUCAGACACAGGAGAGAGCAAGGCGCUAUAACAAGAAACAAGCAAACAAGGCCCAGAGGAAAGGAAAAAGUUCAAAUCACACGGUCUAGGGCAGAGACUUUGGGAAAUGUGUCAGGGGUGUGUGUGUGCGUGUGCAUGCCGACUUGCUGAGAAUAAUCAGGGAUGGGUGCUAGUGUGUUAACUGCGUCUCCUUGGGUGAUGGAAAUCAUAUGAGUUUUAUUAUUUUUUAUUUGAAAGGCAGAGUUGAGCUGGGAGGAGAGACAGAGAGAUCUUUCAUCCACUGGUUCACUUCCCAAAGCCGCAAUGACUAGACCUGGGCCAGGCCAGAGCCAGGAUCCAGGAGCACCUUCCAGGUCUCCCACAUGGGCGCUGGGGCCCAGGCACUGGGGCUAUAUUCUGCUGCUUUCCCAGGCGCGUUAACAGGGAGCUGCAUCGGAAGAGGAGCAGCUGGCACUUGAACUGGAGCCCAUAUGGGAUGCCGGCGCUGCAGGCGGUGACUUAACCUACUGUGCCACAGCACUGGCCCCCAUAUGAACUUUAAUUUUCUUCUUUUCAUAUGUUAGAAGUAUCUGAUCUUCCUAAAAUGAAUGAAUUACUUAUGCACCUUUGGAAAAUUACAUUUAAAGCAUUUGAGGGAAGGGUGUUAAGUCAGAGGUUACUGGAAGACUGAGGACAGAAGAGAUUACUAGGAAUUGAGUUGUUGCCUCAUAGACUGUUUCCAUCAUCUCACUACCUGGAGGCAAAGCAUAAAUAAAUAGAACUGCCGCUCCAGUCUCAUUUUGUCAUUCAGCCAGCCAAUAUUUAUUAAAUGCCAGGCACUGUUCCAGGCACCAGGGAAAGAGCAGUGAGUACCAUCAAUCACAUCCCUUCUCUUCAUGGCACUUAAGUUCCAAUAGCAUCCAGUAGCACUUAACAAUCAUUGGAACAAAUGACUGAAGCCAUAAACAUAAAGGCAUUUUGAGAAGUUGUUAGGCUAAGGGUUUAUUAAUAGUCUAUUAGUCUUGACAGAUCCAGAGUCAAUAAAAUGGUCAUGAAUCUUGCCAUGGUGAAGUUUUCCUUAGCUGUUAGGAGCACUGGAGAUGCAGCUGAAAGAUAUGCAGGUGCAGAUGUUGCAGUCCGCACAUCCCUUGUCUGAGCGCCGCCAUCACUAGGUUUGUGUUUCAUACUGAGACCAAAUGUCCUGUGGCACCUUCAGAGCAUCAGAGCUCAAAAGAGGGAGGGCGGUGCUAACCCUAAAGGCACCAAUCUGGGGAGUUCAGGAUUGGAGGGAGGGAAGGUGCCUGAAGCUCACCCACAGAGCUCGUGCCGCCUCCUUUGGAAAGAGGAAAUGGUGUGGGAGAGAGGCUCAGCUCUCACUGUUAGUGUCCUGUGCCUCGUAUGGUGUGAGACAGGGACUAUUUUGAGGGAAUGAGGAAACCUGAGUUGGAGUCCAGCUGUCCCUAAGACCUUGACCUCAUCUGCAACAAGCAGGUUUGAACUGCAUCAGUGUUUCCUCACCUUUUUGGAGCUUGGAAACUAUUUUAACAACAAAAGAAAUUGAGCCCCUGACCCCUGCCAUGUAAUCAUAGAUAGCUGUAGUGACUGAAAGUUCAGAAGUACUUUUAGAGACCUUCAUAUUUUAUUCAUGGAAACUCUGCAUAUGGAAAGAAUAUGUUUACAGGCAAGCCAUUAGUGAUUUGGGGGGUGUGUUUGGAAUUGUGGGUCCCCUGUAGAGUCCACAGGCUUCCCGACGACCUUGAUACGGAACCACAAAACUGGGCCUGUCCAUGCUUGAUCUGUCCUACUUUGUAGCACUGACUCAAGAAAAAAUACCAGGGUACAUUAUUAGUCUGUUCCGACUUGCUAACUGAAGCUCCCUCCUAGAGGAAAUGAACCAUCCUCCAGUCUGCAGCUCUAAGAUUUUCUAAGCUGUGUCAGACAUAUCCUAAACGAGCGAGAUUGAAGAAAAAAUGUAUUUUUCAUUUUCCCCCCUUAAUCUUACCCAACACCUCUAUUUCAGUUGGGGCUUUAAUGUUCAGAAGUGAUUGUUUAGCUGUUAUUUUGGGGUUGCUAUCAAGUGCUUGUUAAUCCCCCCUUCCUGCAUUGGACAUCUGUGUUGCAUAUCAUUUUUCAUGGGGAACUAAUGAACAUGAUUGCAGGUGCCUUUAAUUAUAGAAUCAUAGCAGCUAGAGACAGAAUAGAUGGAAUAUGUUGCCUUUUCCUCACCUAGAAAAUGGGAGUAUUAAUGUUAAGCUUCCUCACCCAGUUGUCAUGGAUGAGAAAUAUGAUUGCCAAGCUGAUUAUAAAUAUAAAUAGCUGUAAAUUAAGUGCUAAGGAAUAAUUUGACUAACAAAAAAAGAAAUGUUUAAUUUGUUUAUUUCCUAUAAAGAUGUCUCCCGGAAGUAGUCAUUAGCACUGUAGUAAUAACAAAAACAACCAAAAAAAAAAAAAAAAAAAGAACCACAGCAGAAACUCUCUUUGAGCUCUUUUAUGUGCCUAGAACUUUAUCCCAGUGAAUCUGCAAAACAGCCACAAAAGGUAAGUGAUCAGCCCAGGGUUCCACAGUUAAUCAGUAGCACGGGUGGAAUUUGAACCCAGGCCCAGCUGACUCCAUGGCUUUGCAUUUCCGGGCUGCUCCCUGUGUCUCAGAGGCAGCACCGUGAGACUCCAGCGCCCUUUCUGGAGGAGCGGAUGGAGAGUGUCGCCGUGUACGGCCUGUGUGGGUGCAAAGCCAGGAGCAAGACGAGGUGCGAUGCAAGGUGGGAGAGGACGGCUUCAGGUAGGAAGCCAGCUGACGCGCAAACGGCCCCCACCUCUGCAUACUCCUCUCCAGCCCGGAGCCUGGGGGACACAGGAAUCACGCCCCUGUCCCCGUCCCAUAUUGUGAAUGACACGGACUCCAGCGUCUCGGAGCAGCAGGUGUUUCUUGUGGUGGUGGCCAUUGACUUCGGGACCACGUCGAGCGGCUAUGCCUACAGCUUCACCAAGGAGCCAGAGUGCAUUCACGUGAUGAGGCGAUGGGAGGGAGGCGAUCCUGGGGUAUCCAACCAGAAGACGCCCACCACCAUCUUGCUGACCCCCGAGAGGAAGUUCCACAGCUUCGGGUACGCCGCCAGGGACUUCUACCAUGACCUGGAUCCCAACGAGGCCAAGCAGUGGCUGUACCUGGAGAAGUUCAAGAUGAAGCUGCACACCACUGGGGACCUUACCAUGGAUACAGACCUGACGGCAGCGAACGGCAAGAAAGUCAAAGCCCUUGAAAUCUUUGCUUAUGCCCUACAGUACUUUAAGGAACAGGCUCUGAAGGAGCUGAGUGACCAGGCGGGUUCGGAGUUUGAGAACUCUGAUGUCAGAUGGGUCAUCACCGUGCCUGCCAUCUGGAAACAGCCGGCCAAGCAGUUCAUGAGACAAGCCGCCUACCAGGCGGGCCUGGCCUCCCCCGAGAACUCGGAGCAGCUGAUCAUUGCCUUGGAGCCCGAGGCGGCCUCCAUCUACUGCCGGAAGCUGCGGCUGCACCAGAUGAUCGAGCUGAGCAGCAAGGCAGCCGUGAAUGGGUACAGCGCCAGUGACACAGUAGGAGCGGGGUUUGCACAGGCUAAGGAACACAUACGGCGUAAUCGGCAGAGCCGGACCUUUUUGGUGGAGAAUGUCAUAGGAGAAAUCUGGUCUGAGCUGGAGGAAGGUGACAAGUACGUGGUUGUGGACAGUGGCGGAGGCACCGUGGACCUGACAGUCCAUCAGAUCCGGUUACCAGAGGGACACCUUAAGGAGCUGUAUAAAGCCACAGGUGGACCCUACGGAUCCUUAGGAGUAGAUUAUGAAUUCGAAAAGCUCCUGUGUAAGAUAUUUGGAGAGGAUUUUAUCGAACAAUUCAAAAUCAAACGUCCCGCGGCCUGGGUUGACCUAAUGAUCGCGUUCGAGUCUCGCAAAAGAGCAGCCGCCCCAGACCGAACCAACCCGCUGAACAUCACCCUGCCCUUCUCGUUCAUCGACUACUACAAGAAGUUCCGUGGGCACAGCGUGGAGCACGCCCUGAGGAAGAGCAACGUGGAUUUCGUGAAGUGGUCCUCGCAGGGGAUGCUGCGGAUGAGCCCGGACGCCAUGAACGCCCUCUUUAAGCCGACCAUCGACAGCAUCAUUGAGCACCUCCGGGAUCUGUUUCAGAAGCCCGAGGUGUCCACGGUCAAGUUCCUCUUCCUGGUGGGUGGCUUUGCCGAGGCGCCGCUGCUGCAGCAGGCGGUGCAGGCUGCCUUCGGCGACAAGUGCCGGAUCAUCAUCCCCCAGGACGUGGGCCUCACCAUCCUCAAGGGUGCCGUCCUCUUCGGCCUGGACCCCGCGGUGAUCAAGGUGCGCCGGUCCCCGCUCACCUACGGGGUGGGUGUGCUGAACCGCUACGUGGAGGGCAAGCACCCGCCCGAGAAGUUGCUGGUGAAAGAUGGCACACGCUGGUGCACCGACGUCUUCGACAAGUUCAUCUCGGCAGACCAGUCAGUGGCCCUGGGCGAGCUGGUCAAGCGAAGCUACACCCCCGCCAAGCCCUCGCAGCUGGUCAUCGUCAUCAACAUCUACAGCGCCGAGCAUGACAGCGUCAGCUUCAUCACCGACCCCGGGGUGAAGAAGUGCGGCACGCUCCGCCUGGAUCUCACGGGCACCAGCGGUGCGGCGGUGCCCGCCCGGAGGGAGAUCCAGACCCUCAUGCAGUUUGGGGACACCGAGAUUAAGGCCACGGCCGUUGAUAUAGCCACCUCAAAGAGUGUCAAAGUAGGGAUCGACUUCUUAAAUUACUAACCACCCCUCCCUGCUGCCUGCCCCCUUGGACUCAACUCAUCUGCAUCUGCUGACCUCAGCCUUGACCGUCCUGUCCCUGACCUUGACCCCUUGCCAUCGUCUGCCCAAAUUUCGUCAGGGAAGCUGAGAACAACCAGGGCCAGGAACAAGGAGAUUUCUGAGUCAGUCACUGGAGUCAGGACAACGGCCGAAAGUGGAAGUUGAGGUUUGAGAACAGGAGAUUUCAGGACCCUGGGAGAGCAGCUCAUUUCCAUAGGGACAGAGUGGAGGGGGGACCCGCCGCGUGACAAGGCGACCGGCGCCGGGCCGCAGCAGCGGAUGGGCUGCGGUACACACGUCUCUGCUGAGUCGAACUCCGGUGGAAGCCCUGUGGCGUCUUCCUAGGUUUCAAGGGAGAUCUCUGAGCCAGGGGGAGAUCUUUAUCUGGGACUUUCGUUUUGUCCUUCAUGUUUUCUGGAUGGCAGUCAACACAAAAUGCCACCCAUCUGCAGCUAAUUUCUUUUCCUCAUGGUGGGAUCAAAAGUGGUGAUUCAGGGGGAGCUUGGCACGAUGGUAGCUGGUGGGAGAAGACAGCCUACACAGGGCACUAUUUUAGGUUCUCAUAGAAUUUAAAUUCCAAGGCAGCUUAGCAAAGGAAAACUGCAGCCUUGGCUCCCCCGCCGGGACUGCCACGAGUAGGAGCGCUCACACCUCAGCUUUUCAGCAGGUGGAAACUUGCUCUGCUGUUCAGGAGUUACUGACAUAUCCCAAAUUAUAUUCAUCCCCCUCCUCCAUGGGGGAUUCAUUCCAAGACCUCCCACUCCAUCCCCUCGAAGUGGGUGCCUGCAAACUGUGCCUAGUACUGAAUUCUAGCUACAGGGGUCUUCCAAAAGUUUGCAGGAAAUGGAAUUAAAAGAUAAUGCAGAUUUUCCAUGAACUUCUGGAAGUCCUCGUCAUAUAAUAUGUAUGUCUUUUUCCUAUCUAUACAUACACAUGAUAAAAGUUUAACUUAUAAAUUAGACACAGUGAAAGCUUAAAACAAUAACUAAUAAUAAAGUGGAAUAAUUACAGCAAUGAAGUAUCAUAAGUGUGGUUGCCCUCUCUCCAAAGAUCUUACUAUCCUGGGCUGUGCUGGGGGACCACAGUUGACCAACGGUAACUGAAAUUGCAAAAAGUAAAUCCGCAGGUUAGAGGAGGUUCAACAGCAUGUGCUGUGGGGUAAUUCCCAGAACACCAACCCCCAACUCCCAGGUUCACCAGCUGUUAGCCAUUCUAGCCAAUCCUACCAGGAGCGCUGUGCCUUGUCGCCUUCACCAAGCCCAGACGUCCGGACCAGCCCCGACCUCGAAAACCUUCCAGACUUAAAAUACUCCCUCUCCCCAACCCUGCUCAUUCCUGUGUCCUUAAAGGUUUUGGCCAUUGGUUCCUACACUUUGAGAGAGACUCAGCUCCUCUGUUCUAUGAAAUAGUUCAUUACAACCUCCCGUUUUUAAAGUCUGUCUAAAAAGAAUCUGGCGACACCUGCUUGAUGAAUUAAGCCAGUUUCUCUCGAGGCAGAUCUGGGGCUCACUUUCAUCUGAGUCGUUCGAAUAGUUGUCAAAAACGGGGGCUUGGUUCCUGCCCCUUUUUAACCGAAGUUGACUCUUGAAGAGGGGGCAGGAAUCUGCAUUUUUAGGAUACACCACAAGUGAUUGAUGUCCCAUUGACAUUUGAGAUUUCCCAACUUUAGGUUUUGUUGAAGCCCACACAGGGCCCACAGCCUGUACCCUCUCGUCUCACCCAGGGUUCCCUUUGGAAGAGAGCUGACCCGUGGUGAGUGAUGCCCUAGUCCAUUGUCUGAGUGAGUGAGCUGCCUCCCUACCCCACCCCCCCUUGGGGAUGGCACUUUCAACUGUCCUAGGAAGGGCCUGGGAGGAAAAAGAUUUCAGGGGAGAAGAACUAAGAACGGGGCUGACCCCGGUGGUCUCUGUUCUCUCCUGUUUUCUCCAACAUCAGGAACCAACUAAGAAAGAAAGAAUCAAGAAUCUGACUCACAGCCCAUCUGAUCUGUUCAAAGCUGUGUUUUCCACCUGCUGGAAUUCAUUCCAAUUUUACAUCUCGGGAUGCACCCUGAUUGAAUAGAGGAGGGAACAGACUUCGAAUGGGAGUUGGACCCACAGGCCAUUAGCAUAGCCGAUAGGCAGAUUUUCAGUCGCGUUUCAAAUUUCAUUUUAACACUUCUGUCUUCUUCUCACCUCAUCUGCUGCAGAAUCCCCGCUAGAACGGGAAAUACUAACAGCCACAGAAGUAGGGAGUCUGGUCCCAUGAUGUCCGGGCAGGGUUCCACAGCCGGGACAGUCUUUGCUCUCGUCCUCUUGCUGCCUGCUCUGUUUCACAGCUGUCUCUAGGGUCUCUCUUUGGGGCUGGCAGCCAUGUUUGUCUACAAAGAAGACUUUUGAGCUUAGUUCUGAGAAACAGAAUUUUAUGUACAUACAAUGUCAGAAUCUUGUACAGAAUCUUUAUUUCUACUGUGUUGCUUUUCUUGUUUAAAAAUAACGCUCUUUGAUUGUUGUUGUUGACCUUGCUAUCCCCAAUUUUGCUAUCCCUUCAUUGCGCUCAUGAAUCAUCAAUUUAUGCUGAUGCCUAGCUAGGGACUAUGUGCGCAGGAUGGAGCAACUGAUGAGGGGGGGGACCCCCUGAGUCCGUGCGGCCCCUGGAUGAUGGUGUCGUCAGACCCUUGCCCGCACACAUCCUUCCCAGAGGCCUACAGCUUGUAUCUAAAGCAUUACCUAUCAAUCCUCCUGUCCAGACUUGGAGAACAGAAGGUUACAGUUCUGUGCGGGAGAACCUAUGAAACACUUUACAUCCUGUGGGGCUGUCAAGCUUCCUUCUAAGGCAAAGCAGUCACUGUACAGGCAAAACGUGGUCUCCUCUGUGUGACGACUGUAAUUUUCCAAAGCCAAAGGAAGAAGUGUACAUUAUCCCAGCUUUUCUGCUGGGUUAGGUGUAACUGAGAGUAAUAUAGUCAAGCCCCCUUCUUCUCCUUUUUUUUUUUUUUUUGCUGAUGUAAAGCCUUUCCUGCCUUGCAUUAAUGAUGUCUCCUUGUCUACUAUUUCUCUUUGAUGAGCUGCUAGAAACCUGCAAUGUUGGCAAACAGAUGAUGGACAGGGGGUGACAAUUUAAUUAGACUUCCUCCUGGCCCCAGAGAUGCAGCCUGAGUAGUUAAAACUUUCAAUGAGACCUCCAAAGCCACUCCCACCCCUAGAAAUAUUCUAGAAUAAGAACACUGGACAAGUACACUUGGACACGUUUCCUAACCGUAGAACAUUUCUAGAAGGCCUGUUGUCUUGACUCGUGUCUCAGUUGUCCCUGGCAUAUUAUCUGAUGGUCAUGCUUCCUGGAAGCAAAACUGUCAGGGAUUUCUCUUGUAACUUCCCUUUCUGAACACAGCAGGCAACAAUAAAUGCUGAAGGGCAGGACAAGUUACAGACAGGACAGGGAAGAGGAGGAGGCAGAUGAGUGUGUCUGCGGAGUGAGGGCUGAGGUGAGUCCGGAUUACAGAGCCUGCCCCACCCUUAGAAUGUUAUCUAGACCAAGUUUAGCUUUUAGAGUCCAAGUCUGGUUAAGUGCCAGGGUAGCCAUGAAUUGCAUGCACUGAUAUAAGCAGGAGUCCAAUGCACUAUUAGCUGGAGCUCGAACUUCACAUUGUAGAGAUGUAAUAGCUGUGAUGAAGCUGUGGAUGCCUGUAUGCUGGGAACUGGCCCACGGGGGUGACCAGCCUAACACUGUUGGUCAUCGUGUCACCUACACUGCCCAUCUGCUUGAAAUAGGAAAGCAUUUAUCCUACAAAUCUCAGCCACUGGGGUCUUGUGCACUACAAGAAAACCCCAAACUUCACAACCUGUGCAGCGGUUCACAACUUGACGGGAUUGUAUCUACAAACUCUUGUCUCCACCGAUGUCUAAUAAAGCAAAACUCUGGAUCUCA